UGUUGAAGAAACGGGGUGUAGACAAGGAUUUAAAAAAUAUUUAAUAAACUGGAAUGCAGAACUUUCACAGUUGUGCCUCUGUCAUCUAGACCAAAAGGAUUUUGUAUGGCCAAGUCAAGGAAAGAGCCAGGCUGCCAGAUGAAACUAUUUAAGUGAUGAGGAACAGUUCCCUGUGGGAUCUCCCACUAAAGACACUUGCUGUUUUUUUUCUGUUUCUGGAUUUCUGCAGUGUACUGUACUUUUUCAGAAAAAUGUCAAAACUUAUGUACAAGUAACCUGGAAGGAGAACUUGGAAUUACUAAUCUUUGCAAUGUUAGUGACAUCACUGGAGCAUGCAUGCAGGGAUGUCAGUUUUGGAAUGCAACAGUGCAAAUCAAUUGCCUUCUGAAAUGUAACGAGACAUAUACCAGAGCAUGUGAGACAGUUUCCUGUAAGUUUGGCUGUAGCCGUGCAGAGGAUGCAUAUGGAGCUGAAGCACAGAACUAUCUGAACAAGCCUAGAGCACCAUUUGCAUCUAGCAUUGGAAGCCACAGUGUCACAUUAGGAUGGAACCCAGCUAACAUCUCUGGGGUGAAAUAUAUUAUCCAAUGGAAGUUCAGUCAGCUUCCUGGAGACUGGAGGUACACAGAGGUAGUAUCUGAAAAUUCAUAUACAGUCAAAGACCUUCAAGCCUUCACGGAGUACAUGUUUCGAGUAGUUUGGAUCAUUACGUCUCAACUGCAGCUCCAUUCUCCAUCAAGUCCCAGUUACUGGACACGUGCUUUUGGAGCUCCUGCAACAGCUCCUGUCAUUAAAGAUAUUCAGUGUUCGAGUCCAAACACUGUUGAAGUUAGUUGGUUGCCACCACUUUUUCCGAAUGGAUUGAUUGUUGGAUAUAAUUUGCUUCUGACCAGUGAGAAUCAUGAACUGUUGAGAGCCUCGACAGGACAUAGCUUUCAGUUCUACUCCACCUUUCCAAACAGUACUUACAGAUUCCGUAUUGUGGCAGUUAACAAAUUUGGUGCUGGACCUCCUGCCGAAGCCAACAUCACAACCCCAGAAUCCAAAGUUAAGAAAAAAACAACGUGGCUCUUCCUAUCCAGAAACCAGUCUAUAAAGAAGAGAAGCACUGAACAUUUCCUUGAAGCAGCCCAGUGCCUGCAAAAUGAUAUUAUACAGCACAACAUCAGAGGAAUUUCUGUGAAUGUUUAUCAGCAAGUCAUUUAUUUUUCUGAGGGGAAUUCCAUCUGGCUGAAGGGAGCUGCAAAUAUGUCUGAUGUAUCUGACCUAAUGCUCUUUUAUGCUGGCUUGGGGAAUGUUACAUCCAUCUCAGUGGACUGGCUUUACCAGAGGAUAUACUUUGUCAUGAAUGAAAAGAUACACGUCUGCCAUUUAGAGAACUGCACGGCAGCUGAAGACAUCACUCCUCUUUAUGUGACUUCCCCUAGGAAGGUUAUAGCUGAUCCCUAUAAUGGCUAUAUUUUCUGUCUCCUGGAAGAUGGCAUAUACAGAGCAAACCUUCCACUCUUUACUGGCAUCACCUCUACAGCUUCACCAGUAGUGAAAGCCAGCAACCUAAGAGACUUCAUGAUCGACUUCCAAUCUAAGAGACUUAUUUUCUUCAACAAAACAGAACAGGUCUUUGUGUCAGCUUUUCUUGAUGGUUCAGAAUUUCACACGCUGCGAUCACAUGUGCCAUUUAAUGACAUCAAGAGCUUUGUUUAUGAGGAUAACCUGUUUACUGUCACAGACGGCUCGGCGGUUUUCCGUGAAGAAGUCUCUCCUGUGGGGAGUUCUAGCUUCAACGAGUACAUUGUUGAUUGCAAUUUGGCGUAUCCAGAGUACUUUGGCUUUAGCAACUUGCUUUUCUAUGGGGUAUCAACUCAGCCUUUUCCUUUACCAACUCUCCCUCGGCUUGUUAUGGCACUAUUUGGAUUGGACCAAGCAGUGAUCAGCUGGAGACCACCAGAACACACUAUUGGAACCAGUCUAUCUGCUUGGCAGAACUGGACCUAUGAUGUGAAAGUGUCAUCUCUACAUUCAUCUGAGGAGGAACGGGUUGUCUCAGACAUUAGUGACACUAGGUUUACUAUGAAGGAACUGACCACCUCCACAGCAUAUGAAGUGUCAGUCAGAGCUGUCUCUCCUGCCGCUGAAGGGCCAUGGUCCGAGACAUUCAGAGGCACAACUUUAGAAGAAGCUGAAGAAGAACCAUAUAUUUUGGCAGUGGGGACUGAAGGGCUCUGGAAGCAGCAGUUGGAUAGCUAUGGGCCAGGAGAACUCCUCUGUCCUCACAUGAGAGAUGUUUCAGACCUUGACUGGUAUAAUGACACUCUUUAUUGGAUUAAUUCCAUGGGGGAAGUUCAGACCUGGUCAUUGAACAAAAGAGAGGGUACCACUGAGAAUACUUAUAUAUCUGGCAUCAGAAAUGCAAGGGUGUUGGCCUUCGAUUGGUUGGGUCAAUUCUUUUACUGGGCUGGCAAAGCAAAUACGAUCUACAGAAAAUCACUGCUGGGAGGCCAUAUGGAUGUUGUGGUUCAUGUUGUGCUCCCAGUGAAGGAUCUAGUAGUGGACUCAAUAAAUGGCUAUUUGUACUGGGCCACGAUACAUUCAGUGGAAAGUGCAAGACUGAAUGGAGGAGAGUAUCUUAUGUUACAAGAGCACCUAGAGUUUUCUGGUAAACAGAUGAUUGGUUUAACUUUGGAUUUCACUUAUGGUUUUCUUUACUGGCUUGUGCAAGACAGUCUAUGUCUAAACCUAUACAGAGUUUCUCUUUGCAAGGAAGGUUGUGGUAAUGCCAUCAUCACAGAAUUUGCAGCAUGGAGUACUUCAGAUAUAUCUAAGGGUGCACUGGAGUACUACAGCGGUCGCCUGUUUUGGAUUAAUAGUCUUCAGUUCAUUACAACUCAGGAAGUCAAUCAGAGUCUUAGCAUUCCCUUCUCACAACCAGCAGAAUUUGCAGCCUUCACCCUUGUUCACACAUCACUUAAACCUUUGCCAGGAAAUUUUUCUUUUACACCAAAAGUGAUUCCAGAUUCAGUGCCAGAGUCUUCUUUCAGGAUUAAAGGAAAUUCUUCAAGUUUCCACAUCACUUGGAGUGCCUCCACAAAUGUGGAAUGGGGAACUGUCUUUUAUUGUGUAGGAUCAAAAACUCUACAAUCUUUGGAGAAUGAACGGUGUCUCCAUCCCCACAAUUUGACAGUGCCUUCCUACCGAGUUGAUUGGCUGGAACCAUUUGCAGUCUUUGAUUUUACCGUCACUCCAUACACAUACUGGGACAAGGCACCAACAACAUCUGUAUUUCUUCGAGCCCCUGAAGGAGUUCCUUCAGCCCCAACAAACCCUAGAAUAUUUGUGUUACAAAAGAACCUACAUAAAAAUGAUGAGAAAAUCCUUGUGGAGUUCAGGUGGAACAAGCCUGAAAGGGAUAACGGAAUAUUAACACAAUUCAGAGUUUACUAUCAACUAUUGAGUCAGAAAGGCACUGCUGACACUUUCACGGAGUGGAAUGUGAGCAACGUCAAACCCACCCUGAUGUUCUUUUCUAUCAGGGAUAUGCUUCCUGGCCUCACAGUAAGGUUUCAGGUGGAAGCCUUCACCUCUGUGGGUCCAGGACCUUUAUCUGAUAUAGCAGAAAGGAAUUCAUCAGAUAUUUUCCCUGUCCCGACUCUUGUAACUGUUUCUGCCAACAAGUUGUUUCUUACUGACAUGGACAAUAAUCGUACCAUAUGGGAACUUUCAGCACACACAAAUGUAAAGGACAUCUGUUAUACUGCUAAUGAUGACAAAAUGUACUACAUUGUAGAAGACUCUCUUUUUCUUCUGAAUAUACAGACUACUUCAAUGUUUCAGUUUUUCAGAGAUGCAUAUCUUCUCAAUGCUACAGCUAUCACAGUGGACUGGAUUGCAAGACAUCUCUUUGUUGCCCUGAAAACACUACAGAAUGAAACUCAAAUAUUUAUUAUUGACCUUGAACUCAAGAAAAAAUCUCUAAAAGUCUUGAACAACCAGUUAGGCAAAAGUAAUUCAACUGUAUCAUCUUUGUUGUCAUAUCCUUUCUUAAGCCGCUUGUACUGGAUGGAAGAUCUUGAUUAUGGCAGCCGCAUGUUUUAUUAUGAUAUUCUGAAUAACACCGUGCACCACAUUUUGGGAUAUGUAUCAGCAGAAGAACAGAUGAGGAUCUACUGCACCUGUAACGUGUCAGAAGCAGAGCUAGGAAGACCUAUGAGUAUAGAUGUGUCUAACUCCAAGAAUCCCCAGCUGCUCUUUAUCAGAGGAAGAGAUGAAAUAUGGGCCUCAGAUGUGGAUGGUUGCCACUGCUGGAGAAUUACCAAAAUACCAAAUUUUCAAGGUAAGAAAAUUGGCAGUUUGGCUGUUGAUAAGAAAUUUAUAUACUGGAGCACUGAAAUGAAGGAAUACACUGAAAUUUGGAUAGCAGAUAAAGAAAGCACAAAGCACUUUCUUCAGAAGAGAGCAAAUCAUGAUAUGAAAAUUCUAGCCUACAACUCAGCAGCGCAGUUGUAUCCAGAUAAAAGGUGUCUGAUUCUAUCGCAAGACACUGUGAAACCUACUAUCCUUAAUACGACAAACACGAGUUUUACAUUAAGCUUGCCAUCUGUGACACCACAGCAGCUAUGCCUCAGCCUGUCGCUGCCUACGCCGACAUAUUUGGUAUUUCUCAGACAGAUGACCGACAACCACAGUAAUUCCAGCUACCAUUUGUCAGCUCUACAGCAAAAAACAUUGGAAUUUCAUGGUCCUAUAGCUGUCAUAGACAAUCUACAGCCAUUUUCAAGUUAUAUCAUACAAGUUUCAGUGAAAAACUACUAUUCAGAAGAGGAAAUGCUGCCUACAGGAAAAGGGACAAUUGGCACAACUCUAUAUGGAGUACCAGAGGCAGUUGAUUCCAUUAAGACAGUGGUUUUGUCUGACACCACCAUCAGCAUAUCUUGGAGUGAACCUUUGAAGCCAAAUGGACCUCUAGAAUCCAUCCGCUAUCAAAUCUCUGUCAACUUAUUACCUCCUGUCCCAGCAACACCCUUGCAAAAAAGUGAAUUUCCAAAUGGGAUGCUUGCCUGGACUGUCAAUGGGCUCCAAUCCGGAACAAACAAUUUAUUUAAGGUUCUUGCUUUUCAUCCCAAUGAGAACUGGUUUUCUGAAAGUAUCCCUGUUAUUGCAAAAACAUUUGAGGCUCCAGCUGCACCAGUCAACAUAGUUCCCAGAAAUAUCAGUUUCCAGCUAGAAUGGAGAGCUCCUCUGCAAGUCAAUGAAACCAGCUUCUGGUUUGAGCUGUGUAAGUGGCAAACAAAAGGUGACUGGUUUUCUCCUGCAAGCACAGAGUGCACGUCAGAAGAUCUUGUUUACACAUGCAAUGUCACAGGAACACUUCCUUCAACCAACUACUUUGUAAGAGUAACAGUAAUUUAUGUUACAGGACUGAAAAGCACUUCCUCUUCAACAAGCUUUAAAACUACAGCUGGUGUUCCCAGUAAGCCUGGAGUUCCAAAAAGGGCAGAAGACACUAAAAACACUCUACAGUGGGAAAAGGCUGAUGACAAUGGAAGCAACCUGACCUACUACAUCUUAGAAAGCAGGAAGCAAUCUGACAACACCAGCAAAGUGAAGCCCUUGUGGGAGCUGGUUUACAAUGGCUCCUGUGGCAGUAUUUGCACAUGGAAGGCCAAGAACUUAGAAGGAACUUUCCAAUUCAGAGUGGCAGCUGCAAAUGCUCUGGGACUUGGUAAAUACAGCGACACAAGCAAGGACAUAAUUUUCGGUGAAGACACUAUGAUUUCCCCAGACACCAUCGUUGCUAUUGCUGCUGUGACAGGAGUCGUUGUACUGGGCUUGACUGUGCUCGUCCUCUUUGGUUUUGUAUGGCUUCAAAGAUGGAAAUCCAGAAAAACAGCCUUACCUGGACAGAUAGUGUUUAUCAAGGAAGAUAAAGAACUAGCUCAACUCAGGAUGGCAGCUGAGACAGUGGGACUAGCCAAUGCAUGUUAUGCUAUCAGCACUCUUCCUUCUCAGGCAGAGAUUGAAUCAUUGCCAGCUUUCCCUCGUGACAAACUGAACUUACACAAGUUGUUAGGAAGUGGAGCAUUUGGAGAGGUGUAUGAAGGGACCGCAGUAGAUAUCCUGGCAGAUGGAAGUGGAGAAACCAAAGUGGCAGUCAAGACUUUGAAGAAGGGUGCGACAGACCAUGAGAAGAGUGAAUUCUUGAAGGAGGCACACUUAAUGAGUAAAUUUAAUCACCCCCACAUUCUGAAGUUACUUGGCGUGUGCCUAUUAAAUGAACCUCAGUAUCUUAUACUGGAACUGAUGGAAGGAGGAGAUCUACUUAGCUAUUUACGAGGAGCCAGAAAGCAAAAGCUCCAGAGUCCCCUACUAACAGUGGCUGACCUCUUGGAUAUAUGUUUGGACAUUUGCAAAGGCUGUGUCUAUUUAGAGAAAAUGCAUUUUAUACACAGGGAUCUGGCUGCUCGCAACUGCCUUGUGUCUGAGAAGGAAUAUGAGAGCUCCACCCGGGUAGUAAAGAUUGGUGAUUUUGGACUUGCCAGAGAUGUCUAUAAAAACGAUUAUUACAGGAAAAAAGGAGAAGGCCUACUCCCUAUUCGAUGGAUGGCUCCUGAAAGCCUCAUUGAUGGUGUCUUCACAAAUCGCUCUGAUGUUUGGGCUUUUGGAGUCUUAGUGUGGGAAAUCUUAACUUUGGGUGAACAGCCAUAUCCAGGUUUCUCAAAUACAGAAGUUUUACACCACGUACGAUCAGGAGGAAGGCUGGAAUCUCCAAACAAUUGUUCUGACGACCUAUGUGAUUUAAUGACAAGAUGCUGGGCUCCAGAACCUCACAACAGACCUACUUUUUCUUACAUUCACGACAAACUACAAGAGAUAAGACACUUCCCACUGUGCUUCACCCACUACCUUGAAGACAAAGAAGCAGCAACUGGUGUCAUCAACCAAGCUUUUGAAGUGAUGUUCCAUGUGCAGAUUCAGACAGCAUUCUUUCAACCAUGCUAAUGGAAACAAGGAAUCAAGAGGGCUUAAAUUAUUUGGUGUUAGUUAAAGAAGGCAAUGAAGAUCAAGGAAGCAUCAAUUCUGCUGAACUUAGUUAAGUCUGGUUCACUCCCUUUGAAAGAAAGAGGGAAAGAAGAGAAAAAAAUGUACCAAAGAAGACUUAAGCCAAGGGAAAUAUUCUGCACAUUGUCAUACUUACGCAGAUGCCUUGAAAAAAAACCAGCAACUCUCUAAAACACUAAAACUACCAGAAAAUACCAUAAGAGACUGAGUGAUGUGUAGCAGAAUAAGGCAACAAUUACAUAUCUUUUGAUUUUCUACAUGUUAUGGCUUGGGUGUUUCACAGGGCAUAGUUUAAGGCAAUAAAACAUGUAAUCAGACAGCAAGUGAUUUUACUCCGGUAUUGAUUAAAUUUACACAAUCACAAAGGCCUCAGACACAGGCAGUCCUUCCAAAAAGGAACUACUGGUACGCUGUUUCAAAGAAGGGAUCUAGUCAUUCAGGGAAAGAAAAAACAGUUGAAAUCUAGCCUCAUUGUGCACAAACAAGAUUUUACAAAUUGAAAAAGUAGCAGAAAUUCUUGUUGUAUUUUUAUGAACUACAAAACAGAAAAUAAUUAAAGAAGGGUGACUGAGUUGUCCACUGCUGUGGAUGACCUAUUUAAUUGUUUAAUUUAAACAAAUGUUUGCAAUCAUCUUGAACGUUAAAUUGAUUGAUCUGUGAAUCUAGACAGUCAUAUUUUCCUUUAUUUCUUUUCCUUUCCCUUUUUUAAUGUCCACCAUCCUUGCUUAUUUUUUAUCAGACUGGGUGAAGGAAGAUAGUUUUUCUUUAUGUGUUUGGAGAUCAAGUAAAAGCAUGUAAUAAAACUAUAUACAAAUCACUACUGAAUAAAAGGCAACAAAAGCUUUUUGUAAUAUUUCAUCAUGAAUAGUAAUUAAUGAAUUAUGCAGAGCUAUUCGCUGACAUCUGUCAGGAAGCUAGAAACAUGCUCUGUUUCUCCACACGAAAUUUUGUCUAGGCAACACCUUUCACAGGCCUCAUGACCACGUCUGUAAUGUGAUAACCCAAGUCGAUUCAGUUUCAUGUAGGUCUGAAUUAGAAAAGAAUCAUGCAAGAGUCUAUCCAACAUGGGGAAAAUGGGUUAGUGGGCAAGUAUCAGUGACACACAGCAAUCGAAAGUAAUGCCCUCAAGGUCUUGAUAUAGAUACAAAUACCCAAAGUGGCAUAGGAAGAACAGAGGGGAAGGUAAGUCCUACUUUGCCCACAUUUUAUAAGUGUUGCAAGACCAGACUAGUUUUAUCGGAGGAUUUAUGACAGCAUGAUUAGGAAGAGAGUGUCAAGCUUAAUGCACUCCCAAUAGGUGAAAACUCAGGAUAUUGACCAGUGACCUGUGCCUUUUGCACUGAAUAGCAUGAAAUGGAUUGGACUGGAUAAAACAUAAAUGUCUCGGUUCAAAUCUAAGGAUCCUGAACUACAAUUUGCUGACUUCAGUGGAAGACACAAUACCUAACCUUCGCUGUACGUGCAGUGAUCUAAGGUAUGCCUAGUGAUACAAUUUGUCAGCUCUGAGCAUGGCCCUACCCAUCACUCCAUAAUCCCUCUCUCGUUUCCUUGCCUCAGAGGAGUAAGUGUGCAAACACAACUAUUCCACUGGAUUAUGGUAAAGCUGAAUUGGAUGUGUGCAAAGUUGCCUCAAUUUAAUCCAUGUAUGAUGUUACUUGCAAAUGCUUUCUUAUUUCUUUAUGUUCUCCUAUCGCCUUUCUCUUGACACAUCUUCAUCGUUUCACCUUCUCUCUCUUACUGAAAUCAUGCUUUCUCUCUUCAUUCACUCUCUUCACGAUGAUUCAUGUUUUGAUGGUCAACCUCUGUUCAUUAUCAGGACACCUCUUGCCUUCAAGCAACCAGCCUCUGAAGGCAGCGUUCAUAGCUGCCUUUGGAGACAGUUGGGGAAAAACAUAUAUAAAAGAUGACAGGAAUGAAAGACCUUUGAAGCCCAUUCUUUCUUGGGCAAGGAAAUGAGCAUUACCUGGUCUGUGUUUGUCCCUGACAGUUGGCAUCUUGUUCUGUGGCAGACCAAGAGGAAGAGUUAACAGAGCCUUGAGUUCAAAAGUCUUGACUUUCAAUGCUAUAGGUUUUUAAGUAAGUGCAAAUGGGUUUAAGAGUGAUAACAUCAUUCAAAGAAAAUAUGUAUUUAGGGAAGAAAAGAAUCCUGACAUGCCAGAAAGGUUAAAUGCAAGAUAAAGGUAAAAAUGGAGUAGUUGUGACCGUAUUCAUGCGAUGUACUGCUGAGAGACACAUCCUCAAGCAUAGAGGCAAUAUCAUGCAUUUUUACCUUCUUUGUUUAAGGUGUAUGGUGAGACUGUAUCUAGAGUGUGAUAUCUAUGUAGUAAAAGUAAUUCUUUCUGGAUUCCCUUGUAAGCCAGUGGAAGCUGCCUAAACAACAGGAAAAACUUCUCCUGGGAAGAUCCUCUCUGCAAGAGCUGGAGAAAGCAGAAAUUGGUGUCAGAAGUUUGAAUCAGAAAUGCAUAGGGGUUCCUGUCAGCAAUCCUAUAAGCUUCUUUACAAAAGCAUAAUUCUGAGGCUGCUACAAAGCAGAAGAACACGGUCUUCACCUACUGUAAAUGAGGCUAACUAUAUCAAGCCAAACUGAUGUACAGCAGUGGAGAAACUGCUUCCAACUCUUUAACUUCUCAGGAUUUGGUCUGAGACAGGUAGAUGUAUGCCCAGCCAACACCCAAGCAAAGGCUGGCUAAUCUCCCUAAGGCACCUCCUCUCCAUUUUAUGGCACAAGACUAUAUGGUGUAGAAUAUCUCUUUCAUUAGCUCAAAUCAUCUACCUAGAGCUAUCUCUUCUCAACCUUUUGUGCACUCCUGGCCUAUUCUAGGAGGGCAGAGUGAGAAGCAGAGGAGACUUUGAUGCUGUACAAACACUUUUCAGCAAUAACUAAAACAUUGGUGGGUUAACAGUACUGUUUUGGUCACAAAUCUAAAAUGUUGCAGAAGGCAAGCUGCUAUGAAGAAAAUGAACUCCAGACAGACAAAGCACAGUCUAUUACCUGCCCAAGAAGAGAAGACAUGUGCCCCCAGGUGCUGAAUAGGCAUGUGCUAGGGAAGUCUCCGGGUUGCAGCUGGUUACUGUCUCAAGCUUUUCCUUGUUCCUUGAUGCCAGCACAGACACUUGGCGAGACCACUGAGCAACAAUGGUGAGUAUGCCACACGAUGGGAUAUCACACACAACCCAUAAGUUCUGUGCUCUCAAAUGCCAAUGACUGAACUCUGAGCCAUGCUUGGACAGAGAUGGACAUAGUAUGUGGCUUUCGCUGGCUCAUUUAAUCUCUCAGCUGCAGAUUGACAUCCAUAUGAAUGGAUGAAAAAAAACUUACUGCUACCUAUGAAUGGUAUUUACUACAGCAUAACACAAAUGCUGUGGUGAUUAAUCAAAGUUUUUAAAUUAUUUUGUAAAUGUGAAGGGCCAGGGCAGGUAUUACUUAUUCACUGCGGCAGCAUUUUCAGUGGCAUCAGUUCUAGGUCUGCUAUCUUCAGUCCCCUUGGCCAACAGCAGGUGGUAACAACCGAUCAUUGAGGUGUUUCUUUUCUUCAGGGGUGCUUGCAAGGGCUUUUGAGUUGGCGCAUAUUGAUGACCAGAUCUAUCCAAAGCCUGUGUACUCCAAACUUUCCAUUUGGGACAGCCAAGAUCCUACAUAGGAAAGAGCAAUGCUUUAUGACAAAAAUAUUUGGCCCUUAACUAGGUCAAGGUUAAGAGUUACAGAAACUUUGCAUGUAGCUGCUGCAAGAUAUGCCAGGCUUCAGUGGGUUCAUCCACUUACACUUAUGUGCUGCAGAGGAUGUUCUUAGCAGUUUGACAUAAGCUAUGGUAGCAUAGCUGUCAAGAUCUCUGAAGAGAAAACUUACACAGCCUGACAAAAAGGAUUUUUUGAGCUAUGGAAGGCAAAAGAUGUGUUUGCUUUUAUCAUGUAGGACUGAAAAACAUAGGUGUUAAGAUGAUUGCUUUGCGUUUUUCGUAUUUAACAUCAGUCUCACCUUUUCUGGGAGACUUUAUUGUCGGUCAUUCAACAGUAUCAUCCCAAGAUUCAGAGAACUUAAUAAUUAACAACAGAAAGACAAAAGGUUGUGCAGCUACAUUGCUAACACAAGUGUUUUCUAUCAGCCUUGUUUGCUAGGAAAAAUAAAUUAGUGGUGGGGACAAGAAAGGCAAGAGCUGAAUUCACCACAGCCUUGCAUAUCUGAGAAGCUCAAGACAGGGCCCAGGGCUGAGGCUGAAGUAGCUGUUCCUCAGCUUUCUCGGCACCCUAGGCAAGAGAGACUAGUCAGACCCUCCAGAUGACAAGGCCCCUUAAAAUGUGGUUCCCUCACUACCUGUAUGGAAGGGCACACAGAUCUUUACAG